AUGGUCAUCUCUGACGAAGACCCGCAGGUUGUUGACGUAGUUGCACUGCAGAAUCAAGUUCGAGAACUGUUGGCUCGGGUUUCGGAGCUCGAGGCGAAAUUCAAGGCAAAAGACGAGGCGACCGAAGCUGCGGAGUCUACCAACAAAGAGGAGAAACCAGGAGCAGGAUCCGAUGAAGAACCUAAACCACCAUGGCACGUCCGACUCGUCACCAACAGACGUGAUCGAGCCUCGAAAACUGGUGAGCGAAAAGACUUCGAGGAAGAAAAAUCUCAAGAGACCAAGAACGACAGUCCUCAAGAAGCUGCUAUCAUUAGAAUAUUUAUCUACGAUUCUAAGGACAAUGAGGAUGAGACGGAAAACCGUGGUCAGCUGGAGAUAUUCAAUAAGGACCUUCUUGAGUUACUCAAAAGGGUCCUCUCGCAUCAUCCCACGCAUGAGUUCUACGGCGAAUGCGUAACGCUUGACUCUCCCUUCGAGCCGCUGGUUCUGAAUUGGGAUCGCCUUAAGACUGAAGCAGACAAGGAGGGUUCAACCGAAAACGACAAGACCGCUCGGAGGGCGCUCGGCAUGGUUCUUGAUCGCGUACGGCAAAAUGCAGGUGAUAGUCGACUGAAUGACUUCCUACGCAGCCGAGAGGCCGUUAUCAGGUCGAAUAACAUCACCUACGACACGCUGUGGACGAUUUUCGCCCCGGGAACUAUCAUCUAUGGUCGCCCAUUUCUUAAUCAGGACCAACUGUUCAUCGUGAAGGACAAUAGUGGUCCGUGGCCGAACUCGGACUCGAAAGAGUGGGAGCUUGAAUGCUGGACGUACGAUUGGAAUGGACGGGAUUUCCGGCGGCGAUUUCUACGCCUAGCCUUUCCUACUUUUAACGGAUCUAAGCCGAUCACCGCUUUGCUAUAUUUUCCGCUUUCUAUGGCCGAGGAUAGGGACAGGAUCGAGAGCAGGUUGAUCGAGCGAGGUCGACGUUACCGAAAAUACUGCACUGCCAACGCCGGGGAACGCCGCUUCAAAUACCAAGGAAGAGCGAUUGUGGAUAGGGUGGGAUUCCUGCUUGGCCUUGACAGCGACAGCGACGAUGCUCACGCCUUGUCCAAAGAGGCACUGGUGAACAGCGAUGUCAUGGUAGAUUUCGAAUCAUACUACCAACAUGGUCCUCAGGAAGGCUAUGUUGGAGCCAUACCGAUAUAUGAAUUGUCAUAUGAGUGCACUUGCACGCGCUGCAAUGGCAACAGGGAUUUGGCGAGGACGUACCAUCGGGCGUUCGAUGAGACUGCAGAGGAGGACGAAAAGGAAUGGGUCGAUCUCCAAUACAUGCUUUUGCCACCAAGGGUCCUGGGAUAUAUCCUCCGCGAUAAGCGGUGGGCACAGCUUGAGAUCGACAAUCUCCAGCCCGUUUCUGACAAUGGUAAUGCAUUCGAAAAGAGACUCCAUCUGAAGGGAGACGCCAGCCUCAACGGGCAGGAAACAAAGCAGCUUUUGCUAAAUUUGGUCACCACCCAUGGCCAAGACCAACUGGCCGACCUAGUAGCCGAUAAAGGGCAAGGCCUAGUGAUACUUCUAUACGGCAAACCCGGAGUUGGGAAAACUUCAACCGGUAGGGUUGACCUUUACAUGUGCCCCGUAUCCGACCUACCUCAUCACCGUAUAGAGCUAACCGUUGUGUCAGCGGAGACCUUAGCAGCGGCCGCGGGAAAGCCACUGUUUAGUAUUGGGGUCGGGGAUGUUGGAACUCAGGCAGAGAAUGUAGAAUCCAACCUGCAUAGGAUUUUUGAUCUUGCGACCAGGUGGAAAGCCAUUCUUCUCAUAGAUGAGGUAGAUGUCUUCGUCCAGAGCCGUGGAAUGGGUCACCAAGGCCCGACGACAGAAAGGAAUGCUUUGGUAUCAGUGUUUCUUCGAGUACUUGAGUACUAUCAGGGCAUCCUAAUACUCACGACGAAUCAAAUUGCGUUGUUCGACGUUGCGGUCCAGUCAAGAAUCCACAUUGCAAUCAAAUACACUGACCUGGAGAAGGAGCAAGCAAUUCAAAUCUUCGAAUCAUUUUUGGAUCAGUAUAAAAUCAAAGGGGCUGUCGAGGACUACGAGAGGAUCAAGAAAACGUUCCGCAGCGAUAUCGCAAAGAAAGGAUUCGACGGGAGACAGCUGCGGAAUAUUGUCUCUUCCGCCAUGGGCCAAGCUAUGGCUCGCAAGGAUGGAACCGGAAAGCUCACUGAGGAGGAUGUUAACAUCAUCGUUAGCAAUGUUGAUUCUUUCAAGAGCGAUCUGGAAUACCAGAUGAUGCGGUACCUGGACUUACAGACAGGGAGGCCAGGCUAUUGA